AUGACUGCACCUUCUGCUUUUUCCAGCGUUAGCUUCGUUGGGCUGAAAUUACUGCAACAGCUAUGCGGCAAGGAGAUUCCAGACGGAGGAAUAGCUCUCUCCCCUGCAUCCAUAGGCAUCGCGAUGGCCAUGCUGGCCGGUGCUGCCAUUCCGUCAGAGGCACAGAAGAUGUGCCAGUCGAUGGGUUUUGGGGAUAAGCCAGAAGAACUAGACGCUGUGCAUCACCACCUCAAGCACUGCAACGACACUACGGCUGCGGCAAAUGCGAUAUUUGCGGAAAAGGGGACUGUACUACACGAUGAGUAUACCAACUUCCUUGAGCGGUUUGAAGUCUGCACGAAUAUGGAAUUCCCACGUCUGGUUGAUGGGCGAGAUGCUAUAAACGGCUGGAUAUCAGACAACACUAUGGGCAUGAUCAAUAAUAUGAUUAGCAAUGACAGUCUUGCUCGAUCUCACCUGGUGCUCAUCAAUGCAUUAGCAUUCAAAGGCAUCUGGAAGGAAAAGUUCGAUCCGAAAAACACAGCUUCGGACUUCCAAUUCAAGGUCACAGAUUCAGAUAUUCGUCGCGUUGACAUGAUGUUUCGUUUCAAGGAAGACAUAUACGUACACAAUACAUCGAAGUACAGGGCAGUCAAGCUACCAUAUGAAGCUAAGAAUGUUUCUGCAUUAACUUCGUUCACGGCUUACCUACCGCGUGACGGUGUGUCAGUGCAAGAAGUCAUGUCCUGUCUCCCUUCUAUUCAAGAACAGAACUCGUUCCGCCAGGAGAAGAUCGAUAGAUUCGGGUUCCCAAAGAUGGAUAUGUCCUAUAGCACGGAUAUCUUUCCACUUUUUGAGGAAAUUGGGCUCCAUAUCCCCAGCGACUUCCCCAAGAUGGGAGAAGGAGGGAACAUUGUCAGUAGUGUUCUCCAUAACACGGCUGUCUCAGUUGAUGAACAGGGCACGCGGGCUGCCGCUUCCACUGCUGUAAUGAUGACAAGAGACGAUGCAUUGUGUAUUGUUCCUGGGCGUGUUCUCCCCUAA